GGUUCUGUCCCCGGCUCUGGGAGGGGAGUGGGGGCUGGUGGGUUAGAGCAGGGGGGGCUGGGAGCCAGGACUCCUGGGUUCUCUCCCCGGCUCUGGGAGGGGAGUGGAGGCUAGUGGUUAGAAGGGGGGGCGGGGAGACACACACCCCUCCUUUCCCUGUUCUCUGCCUCCCUACCCUUGGCUGCGGACAUUGCUACCAAGCCUGCAGACCUCGGGCCAGGACAGCACCAUCCCCCAUCUCGGUUUGAACCCUGCAUUUCCAGAGCCACUGAGGCCAGGGCAGACACUGGCUACCCCGGGGCAGUCUCCAUGCAGCUUGUGGGGCAAACACAGAGCAAACCGGGAAAUGGGCUGGGAAAGGCCGGAGCGGGCAGGAUCACUCCGGAAGCUGGGCGCCCGCCCACGGCCCAGUGUGAGUGCAGACAUCGGGGAACACGGAACGCAGGCCGGACCGCUGGGCUGGGGGGCUCGGAAAGGGAUUUGGCGGGGAAUCAGCCGAUACAAGGUACAAGUUUUGACCGAAAUCUGGGUAAAUCCGGGCUCCGUGUCUCCUGCCUCGGGCUUGGCACCUGGGUGACGUUUGGCUCCCAGAUCUCAGACGAGACGGCGGAGAAUGUGAUGACCAUCGCCUACGAGAACGGGGUCAACCUCUUCGACACGGCCGAGGUCUAUGCUUCUGGCAAGGCAGAAAAAACUCUGGGCAACAUCCUGCGAAGCAAAGGCUGGAGGCGAUCCAGCUACGUUGUCACCACCAAGAUCUACUGGGGUGGCCAGGCAGAGACAGAGCGGGGCCUCUCCCGGAAGCAUAUCAUUGAGGGGCUGAGGGGGUCGCUGGAGCGGCUGCAGCUGGACUACGUCGAUAUCGUCUUCGCCAACCGCAUGGACGCCAACAGCCCCAUGGAAGAGAUCGUGCGGGCCAUGACUUACGUCAUCAACCAGGGCAUGGCCAUGUACUGGGGCACCUCGCGCUGGAGCGCCAUGGAGAUCAUGGAGGCGUAUUCGGUGGCCCGGCAGUUCAACCUCGUGCCGCCGGUAUGCGAACAGGCCGAGUACCACAUGUUCCAACGCGACAAGGUGGAGUCGCAGCUCCCCGAGCUCUACCACAAGAUCGGUGUGGGUGCCGUUACCUGGUCCCCCCUGGCCUGCGGCCUCAUCACCGGCAAGUAUGAGGAGCGGGUCCCCGAGAACUGUCGGGCCACCAUCAAGGGCUACCAGUGGCUGAAGGAGAAGCUGCAGAGCGACGACGGGCGGAAGCAACAGGCCAAGAUCAAGGAGCUGCAGCCCAUCGCCGAGAGUCUGAGCUGCACCGUGGCCCAGCUGGCGAUCGCCUGGUGCCUGCGCUCUGAGGGCGUCAGCUCCGUCCUGCUCGGGGUGUCCAGCGCCGAACAGCUGAUCGAGAAUCUCGGAGCCAUCCAGCAGGUGCUGGCCCAGCUGACCCCACCCGUCAUUCAGGAAAUCGACGCCCUCCUGGGCAACAAGCCCAAUACGAAAAAAGAGUCCCGGGCGUAGGGACACAUCGGCGCCCGGGACUGUGCAUGUCCUUGUCCCACCGGACUGUGUAUCCCUCUGCCCGGCUCUCUGCACUGCUGGGGAG